AUGUUACGCUGGUGUAACACAGCUGUACAGGACUGGAAUAAAUUCCCGAACCUGACUCGACCUGGCCUUGACUUGGAUCAAGAGGCAGGUUUGGCAAAACUUGAUGUAAAUCACACAAAGUGUAAUUAUGAUAGUAAAGAGGGGGAAAGGGUUUUAUUGACGGCGGGGUCUUAUCCGGAGGAUUGA